AUGGAUCACACACGAGACCCCUGCCCUUGGGUUAUUCUCAAUGAUUUCGGCGGUGCUUUCUGUAUGGGUGCUGUCGGCGGGACGAUCUGGCACGGUGUCAAAGGUUUCCGGAACAGCCCCUAUGGCGAGCGCCGACUAGGCGCCAUCACAGCAAUCAAGAUGCGCGCCCCGGUAUUGGGAGGCAACUUCGGCGUUUGGGGUGGUCUGUUCAGCACAUUCGACUGCGCAGUCAAGGGUGUCAGGAAAAAGGAAGAUGCGUAUAUUGCCGGGUUCUUCACAGGGGGCUCGCUCGCGAUUCGAGGUGGGUACAAGGCGGCGAGGAACGGCGCCAUCAGCUGCGCCAUCCUGUUGGCCGUCAUCGAAGGCGUCGGGAUCGGGUUCCAGAAGAUGUUUGCGGGCAGCACAAAGCUGGAGGCCCCGCAACCACCACCGUCGGGCGAACAGAUGCUUGCUUAG